UUUCAUCGCUGCGGGCUUAUCAGCAUUCUUAUUCCGAACUCCUCCAUCCCAGCGUGUCUCAUCCAUCCCUCCUGUUUCUCUUCUUCUUCCUCUUCUCCUCUUCUUCUCUUCUACCGACCGUAUAUUUACACUCACACCAUUACCUCCUUCCUCCCUCCCCCGUUAGAUUCCCCGCCCCAAACAAAGUUGAUGCGUUAAACUCGGAUCCGCUUAUCCGCUUUACACAUCACACCACUCACUACACACAUACACACUUCCAACUCCAUCCACCAAAUACAUCCACACCGGCAGCUAGCAACCAGCACAGACCACGGCAAUUUGCGAUCGCUGAACGCCACCAUUUCUAUACCAUCAACAAAUAUCCCCAAAUACCAAUAUAUUUCUAGAGAGUUGGUGUAUAUACCACAAGUCGCUUCAUCAUGACCAAGCUCAGUGACUCGGCCAUCAUCGUCAUCGUCAUCGUCGUGUGCCUCGCCCUCGUCUCACUGGGGGCCGCGCUCACGAAACAAUUCUGGCCUGAGGCCCCCCAACAACGCUACAACUAUCCCGCCGAGCAACAAUCCUACAUGCGAACUGUCCGUCUGAAGAACCUGGGCAUCUUCCAACGCGAGUCGAUGAGUAUGCCCGGGAAGAUGCCCGCGCCGGUAGCGAGGGAUGUAGAGUCAGGCUACUCCGAAAAUGAAUCAUCGCAUUACUAGUCGCAUCCAUACCUUCCUUAUUCCUCCGAUGUCUUCGAUUGAUAUCCUCACACUCCUUAUCGCGGCCAUCCUCGACUCGUGACCUACUCUUUAUCUUUCCCUAAAAAGCGAAUUCCCCAGCAAGCAAGCAUCGCGUUAACCUCUACCGCAUGUACGAUUGACGAUUACGCAUUGUCCGAUUACCACUUUGAUUUUGACUUACUGAUUGAUGGACGGGACCUGAACCGAAUGUUGUGUCUUUGCGCCAUGGUGCGGUGUUGGAAUUGGCGUUGUAUCAUAUUAUAUCCUGGUUUUUGGUAUAUAGGUUGCUUUUGUGCUGACUGUUUGAUUUGUGAUUAUUUAUUUACCUUCUUGUUCAUUCCUUGAGCUGAUUGUUUCUGGUGGUGGAUUGGAGAUACAUACCACUUACACAUAUAUUCCUCCUACACGGUCAACAACAUGGUUUUCAACAUACUUUCCAUCUCUUUAAACUCUCCAGCGCCAAUCAACCACAUACAUAGCGACUUAUUGACUAUGGCUAUUCCACACCCUCUCCAA